GCACAGUUGAUGUGAAUAAACAAAUUUGCCAAAUAAAAAAUGCUACUGCUCGUUUCUCUGAUUUUGGCCACUUUCGGCUAUUUGCUGUUCAAGUACCACAAGAAACGUCAGGAAUUACUUGAACUUCAAAAGCAUUUUCCUGGUCCCAAACCACACUACUUGCUGGGUUCCUUCCCUCUUUUCAUUGGGAAAAGUAUACCAGAAAUUUUCGAAAUUGUGACCGGAUUGCAUAAUAUACAUGGAGAAGAUAUAGUCAUUGUGGCAGCCUUUAACGAAUUGGUCGUUGAUGUUUCCAGCUCCAAGUUCGUUGAAAAGGUUCUGCUGACCAAGUCCAUACAAAAGUCGUUCCCUUAUGAUUUUUUGAUACCGUGGCUGGGCACCGGAUUGCUGAUCUCGACGGGCGAGAAAUGGUUCCAACGGCGAAAGAUUAUCACUCCGACGUUCCAUUUCAAGGUUUUGGAUGGCUUUUUGGAAGUCUUCAACAAGGAAGCAGAUGUUUUGGUUUCGAAACUCCGAGAUCGCGUCGGCAAGGAAGAGUUCGACGUUUACAACUACAUCACCCUGUACGCGUUGGACAGCAUUUGUGAAACAUCAAUGGGAGUUCAAAUUCACGCUCAAGAUGAUCCAAAUCAGGAAUACGCAAUAGCUGUUAAGCAGAUGAGCGAAUUUAUCCUUCGGAGAGUGUUCAGUGCUUUACGCUCAUUCCCAUCCCUUUUCUUCCUCUAUCCAUACGCAAAUGAACAAAAACGAGUUAUAGAAAAAUUGCAUAAAUUCACCAAUUCAGUGAUUGAAGCCCGCCGGAAAACUCUACAGGAAGAAAAAUCCAUCGACAAAGUUGCUUUCGACCUCAACGAGGAGAACAUGUAUUCCAAAAGAAAACUAACACUGCUGGAUCUGCUGCUUAACGUAUCGGUAGAUGGAAAGCCCCUUUCACGAGAGGACAUUCGUGAAGAAGUGGACACCUUCAUGUUUGAAGGUCACGAUACCACCACCUCAGGAAUGUCUUUCACGAUUUGGUUCCUGUCUCAGUAUCAGGAUGUCCAGCAGCGGUUGUACGAGGAGAUCGAUCGAAUUCUGGGACCGGAAAAGGCGAAAGCUCAGCUGACCAAUGUUAAGAUUCAGGAGUUUGAGUAUCUGGAUAUGGUGGUGAAGGAAUCCUUGAGAUUGGUUCCCCCCGUUCCGAUUGUAGGACGAAAACUGGUUGAGGAUUUGGAAAUGAACGGCGUAACAUUCCCGGCUGGAACAACUAUUUCGAUAAAAAUCUACAACAUCCAUCGGAACCCGAAAAUUUGGCCGGACCCGGAAAAGUUUAACCCGGAGCGGUUCUCGAAAUCCAACGAAAGCAAACGAGGCCCCUAUGACUACAUUCCGUUCAGUGCCGGGCAGCGCAAUUGCAUCGGCCAACGAUAUGCCAUGAUGGAGCUGAAGGUUACCAUCAUCAAGCUGCUGGCGAGCUUCAAAAUUCUGCCCGGUGAAUCGAAGGAGAAAAUGCGCUUCAAAACGGAUUUGGUGCUUCGACCAAAUGAUGGCAUUCUCAUCAAACUGGUCGAGCGGCAGUGAUUCAGGAUUUUUUUUAACAAGUGUAUCCUACAUCUUCA